AUGACGGACUCCAGCAGGAUGAUCGUCAAUGUGGCCCUCUUUGGCAUGAGUGGCACUUCCACUCAGAGUGGAAAAAGUUUUGCCAGGAACGUUCUUCUGGGAAGCACUGACUUCCAUAGUGGCUUUGCUCUGUGUUCUGUGACCAAAGACUGUAGUCUGGGCCGCAGUGGUCACCUCCACAGCUUCAUGCAUCGAGAGGGGCAAGAGGUGACCCUGCAGGUCCAGGUGCUGGACACUCCAGGUUAUCCGCACAGCAGGCUGAGCAAGAGGCGUGUGACAUAGGAGGUCAAGGAGGCCCUGGCACAUCACUACGGGCAAGAGGGUCUCCAUCUCGCACUGCUGGUCCAGAGAGCAGAUGUGCCUUUCUCUGAAGAGGAAGCAUCUUCCCCUGUCCAGAUGGUUCAGGAACUUUUGGGACAUGCUUGGAAGAAUUACACUGCCAUUCUUUUCACCCAUGCAGAAAAAACAGAAGAGGCUGGGUUCAGUGAAGGCGAAUACUUACAUGAGGCCUCCGAAACCCUGCUAACUCUACUGAAUUCUGUUCAGCACAGAUAUAUUUUCCAGUAUAAAAAAGGAAACUCACUUAAUAAACAAAGAAUAAAAAUCUUAGAAAGAAUCAUGGAAUUUAUAAGAGAAAACUGUCACCAAGCUCUUACCUUUAAAUAA